AUGGCAACGGCGUCUUCAGCUACUAACAUCACCGAUACCAGCGUAAAUAAUCUCGUUAAAUGUGCUAUAUGUUUGGAUUUCUACGAUGACCCUCGUUGCCUACCAUGUUCACACACAUACUGUUAUAAGUGUAUCGUCGAUUUAUGUGCCGAAGGAUUAGGACAAUGCCCGAUGAGAGACAAUACGUUUAUAAGUUCUUCUAUGAUUAGCAAGUUGCCGAUUAAUCGAGUAGCUAAAGAUCUCGUGGAAUGUAUUCAGAAAUCUGCACAGUCAAAAGUGCAGUCAUCGAUACGAACAAAAUGUGAUACAUGUAAAAAGGUCGUAUGUGAAUUUAUGUGUGAAACUUGUUCUAAACAUUAUUGUACAAUAUGUCUUAAACUUUUACAUGAUAUAGACGCAUUUAAAACUCAUAAAAUGAAUAUUUUUGUGGAUGAAAGUUCCAGUAACCUUUGUUCAGAACAUGUUGACGAAAAACAAAAGUAUUGGUGCAGCUCCUGCGAAAAAGCUGUUUGCAGCGACUGUCUUUUAUUCAAACAUAAAAAUCAUCCAUUUGUUACCUUGGAGGACAUAUCACAGAUAACCAAAACGCAAUUGAAUUCAUCUGCACAAAGACUUACCUCCAUGCAAGAAGACCUUGAAAAACUAAAUGAAAAGACUACAGAAGCUUUUCAUAAUCAUUAUCAAACACAUGUUAAGACAAAGCAUCAUAUUGAAAAUACAAUAAAUCAACUACAAAAACUCUUAGAAGAACGAAAGAAAUAUUUAAUUAGUACACUUUCAAAAAACGAUGCUGUUCAACAGAAAAUUAUACAAACAGAAAAACAGGCCAUUGACGAUAAUUUAAAGUCAGUUUUUAUCAGAACACUAUUUACAAAACAAGUAUUAAAAAUCGGUGAUAUUUUUCAAUUAGUUAAAGUGAAGAACGAUGUUAUAAAUUACAAUCAAUUGGUUGAAGAACAAUCGAAACUAUUGUUGCACGGCUUUACUUUUGAUCUUCAAAACUUCACUACGGAUCGGUAUUUAUCAAAACUACAAGCAGACCUUGAAUAUUUCGGACAUAUAUCAGCAGAAACAUUUUUUGCUAGUAGUAGUGGUACGCGUCCAUUGCUUAAGUUAUCGAAAUUGGACGGCGAAGAAAUAAAUCAAGAAUUCCAAGGAGCCUACGCAUAUGGUUAUCGUUUUCAAUUAAAAUCACCAUUAACAUUGAAUGCCGUACUCGUGAAAGUAGCAUCAUUCAGUGCUGAUUUCACUAUUUUCAUCUUAGAUAAUGAUGACAUUGUUGUCCAGAAAAAAGUUAUUAAAACAAACGAUAACAAUUCAACAGCCUGCAAAUGGAUAACUAUUUCUAUUGCCUUUGAGCUAAAACAAAACUACUACAUUUUCAUAUGGGCAAAACCGACUGGGCAACAUUCGCCGUUAAUUUCUUGCAGAGAGUCCACCUACACUUUACGUCAAAUUAAUGAGCAUGUUUCGGUACGAAGUAAACGUGCUAAAAUUGAUCCAUUGAAAAAUGUCGAUAUUAAUACAAAACUAAAUGUAAUCUAUGAUGCUCUUUUCUCAAAUGAUGAGCGAAAUCAAGCAAUACCAGCUAUUGAAAUGGUUUUAGAUACUUAG